AUGCUGCAGCCCUACAGCUCGACCAAGAUUCAGUCUUGCCUCUCCGACCAACGCCUCAUUUUCUUUGGUGGUUCGAAAGCUCGCCAGAUAUUCUGGACCGUGGCAGGAAAGCUGGACCCCAGUGAUUCUCAGAUUCCUAGCAAGAGCUUUGAGGCCAAAAUCGAAGCCACAACAAGAUAUGACUCAGCUGGGACGGAAAUCAUUCAUGUCUGGGACCCAACAUUCAACUCGACCCGCCAUGCCCUCGUGGGCCGCAGGCCAACAGAAAAGGACUACGCUCCUGCAGACUACCCAUGGAUGCAUGACGACAUUCACUUCUUUUUCCAAGAGGAUGGCAUUCAUCUCACCGAUGAGGCUGCACCCCUUCAUGCCGACAUUGUAUUGAAUUACUUCUGCAAUAAGCUCAUCGGUACACCAUCGAAAGGCUCUCAAGCAUACUGUUGUGCCUCUUAUGUCGGCCCAAACGUGGCACAGAAGCUACUGCUGUUCAUGAGCUCAUGUGCGAUCGUCUAUUACCUCUUUUCGUUCUUUGGCGUCAGAAAACAUACCAAUAGCCAUGAGAGAGACUGGUUCUUCUUCCACGAAGCCCCCAGAACCAUGGGUGCAAUGACUACAAUCUCUGUUGCCAUACUGUACUGCUUCAUGGCCGAUCGUACCGUCUUGUUCGAUAAAGCUUCGAAAACGGUAGAGUUGGGCAAAUUUAUAGGCGGGGCCAUCCUCGCGCUGCUCGCAGGCCUGGCAACCUUCAAACAAAGUCGGCCUCAGCAUGCGACAACCGGUGAGAUAGCAUUUCCAGAACACCGACAGGUACUUUCCAGGCAGCAAACAGAGGAGUGGAAAGGCUGGAUGCAAAUCAUCAUCCUGUUGUACCACUACUGUGGCUUGUCGAAAGUCCUCUGGGUCUAUCAGUUUGUCCGGCUAUUGGUCUCAUCUUACCUCUUCAUGACUGGGUUUGGUCACACCUAUUAUUUCAUCACCACGAACGACUUCUCGUUUCACAGGGUGGCUAGUGUCUUGCUGAGGACGAAUCUCCUUAACGUCAUUCUCGCUUUCGUCAUGGGAACUCGAUACGACCUGUACUAUUUCCCGAUGCUGACCAGCUUGUGGUUUCUCAUUGUCUGGGCAACGGUCCCCAAGACUGCAACACCUGGUGUGGAUAUACGUCGUUUCGUCCGUCGAACAGCCAUAUCUGUAACGUUAGUCAGGGUCACUCUAGGAGCUAGCAAUAACAUUGCGGCAGUCCUCGCUAUGAUCUGUCCUCCAGGCUGGGGCCUUCCCGAAAUCGACGGACAGGAGUUCAUUUUCAGAUUCAGCCUUGACGCCUACAUUGCAUUCAUUGGCAUGAUCACCGCUGUGCUGUAUGUACAGUAUGACACUUCCCAUGGCCUCCAGUGUCAUAAAACUGCAAUGGAGACCGUCCCUUGGUCGCAACUCGCUUCACGACUGACGACAUGGGGUGCUGCGUUUGUCAUUUUGGCAUACUCGAUAUUGUGCGGCUUUUUCCCAGACAAGUUCCGCUACAAUGAGUGGCACCCAUUUCUCUCGCCGUUUCCUGUGCUAGCUUUCGUUGUCCUUAGGAAUUCGACUCGAAAAUUGUCAGCCUGCCACAGUCGACUCUUUGCAUGGUUUGGUCGAUGUUCUCUGGAGACUUUUGUCUUUCAAUACCACACCUUACUUGCUGCCGACUCCCGGGGCGUGCUCCAUCCAAGACUCGCCUGCAAAUUCCUCGGUCGGCAGGCUUGUCGAGGCAUGUUCGAUGCUUUGGAGACAGCAAUGGUGGUAGCGGGGUUUCUUUGCAUUAGCACUGCUACGACAAAUGCUCUCUCUACCAUCACCAAGAGUCUUGUUGGUCUCGGAGGUAGGAUACUGUUCACUCUCAUCGGCUUGUGGAUACUCAACCUGGCGUGGAAUGCAUUGGCCGUUGACACCACAUAUUAA